CUUCAUGCAGUGAUGGCUGCCUUGAGAGCCCUUGGCGCAUCAAUUGAAAACUCUGGAAUAGAUGAUGCUUGGGGAGAGGCCGAUCUCUAUGGAUCUGCAACCACUAGACAGAUUCUAAAAUGCACUCAUUACAAGCGCUCACUACGUGCACACAUCUACUCUUACACGGCACUUUAUGAAUUGGCACUAGAGCAAUUCUUGAUGGAUAACCCUGAACUGAAAGGAGUGUGUGUUGAAUCAGUUGCUCCAGUGGAGAAUGUACUUCGGAAUAAAGACACCUCUUCUGAAUCUGUGAAGCAAGCCAAUGACAAACUUUUGCAGGCUUUGACACAGAAAGACAUUGUUAAAGGCUUCAGGAUUGGGAAGCAGAGAAGUCCAAAAAUGCCAUGUUCAAAUCGUUGAUGAAUUACUUGCGACGAGUGGAGACCAUUCUGUUCUUUGUAGCAGCAUCCAGGAAUGCUGAUCUGAACCUGCAUCUAGAAGCUGGUGAAGCAUUGUGUAGGCUGUAUUUUGCAAUGGAUAGAAUCAAAUACAGCCGCCUGUGGCCACGCUACAUAGAUGAUAUGCAUCAGCUAAAGGUCAAACACCCAGACACGUGGAAAGAACUGGAGGAAGGCAACAUAUCUGUCACCAACAAUGUUAUACCCUUUGUGUCUGUUGGGGCUGAUCAUGCCUGUGAGCACCUGAAUAAACUCAUGAAGGUUCAUGCUGGCCUUAUUGGAAUCUCCAAUAAUUCAAAUGCACGACAGCGCUUCUUCAUGGCAGCUCCUGAGCUGUCCAGCCUGGCAAAGAAAUUCAAGGGCCAGUUCAACAUAGAAGGAAACAAUCAGGCAAAGCAUCAUGACCUCUCUCCAGCUAUUGUCCAAAGAGAACAUGCAGCAGUCAGUAAAAUCAAAGAUGCAAUAUUGACUCAUGGGAACCCAUUUGCCGUUGAGGGUAACAGACUGUACAAUCUGAUAACCCAUGCAUACAUACCAGAUGAGUAUGUGCCACAAAUACUGAACAUGGAUGAUAAUGGACAGAAGUUGUAUGAGGAAUAUGUUGCUGACCGAAUCAAUGGAAACAUCAGCCUAUGGAAUCCUUUAAAGAAACAGAACAAUAAGAUGUUUACAUCUGGCAAUUUGAAACAGAUGGUCAAGAUUCGAGACAAAACCAUUGACAUGAAAGAAACAAAAGACCUAUAUGGCAGACUUAUGGUCUUGGCCAGAUCAAACAGAGAUGUAGAUCAGAAAGAAGCCAUUGGCAACUAUGAACUCACCCUGACGCCAAGAUCACUCUUUGCUCCAGAUGGGGCAAUUUUGCCAUGCACUGACAAGUCAAAGCUCAUCCAUGCUCUAGAGAAGGUCGUGUCAGAUAGAGCUGUUGAAACUGGUUCACAGCCAGAAACGGAAGCUAUGGAGGAGGAAAGUAUGUGCCCUACCAAGAAGAUUGCAGUUGUGGAUGGAAUGGUGCUUGUGCACAAGAUGACUAAGAAACCCUCAACAGUCAUCACUGUUAGAGACCUGAGCCUCAGUUUCUAUGAAAGGCUGAUGACCCUUACACAGGAAUUUGAUGAAAUCAUUCUGGUUUUCGACACAUACAAGUCAAAUUCCCUGAAGAAUGCAACAAGACAGAAGAGACUCCAAGGGAAGGAUCCAGUUCAGUACCAAGUAAGAGAUGAGACAAGCAUCAAGCACAUACCCAUGAGUAGGUUCCUAUCACAUGACAAGACGAAGGCUGACCUGACAGAAUACCUGGCAAGAAAGACACUUGAUUACAGCAAAGACUCUUCCAAGCUGAUCAUCACUUCAGCAUCUGGAGUAACCAGAAGUAACAAAGAUGUUGGAAUCUUUGAUGACAAUAACCACGAGGAAGCAGACACAUUAAUGAUAUGUCUAGCAGUAUCUGCAUCAAGAAGAAACCAAGGUGAUAUACAGCUGAGAUUCUUCUCCCCUGACACUGAUGUGUUUGUACUGGCAAUUGCCAACUAUGAUUUGCUGCCUAAGUAUACAUCUAUCUCAAUGGUGUCUGGGAUCCUACAGAUCCAGCCUUUCUGGGAUACUCUUGGUAACAAGAAGGCAAAGGCAUUACCAGCUUUCCAUGCCUUUUCUGGUGCAGACAAUACAGGAAGAUUUGCAGGAAUAGGCAAGGCCACAUGGCUGAAAAUUUAUCUAUUAGCUGAUGAUGAUAUCAUUGAAGCUCUGAGGAUGCUAGGCAAUGACAGUGAAGUUACAGAGAAAUGGCAGAAGAGUUUGGCUAGAUUUGUGUGUGCAGCUUAUUCUCCAAAAGGAAUCAACAUCAGAAGUAUUCCAGAGCUGAGAUGGCACAUGUUCUGCAAAUACAUGGCAGACAGUGACAAGCUUCCCCCAACAGUUGGUGCCCUCAAGCAACACAUUCUGAGGGCCCAUGCUCAGGCUCGUGUCUGGGACCAGGCAGCCAUCCCACAACAAGAACUGUUGGAUCCACUAGAGAAUGGCUAUUACAAAGAUAACACAGGUAUGAUGAAACCCAUUACCACAGAAGUUCCUCCUGCACCCGAGGCCAUUAUUGAGAUGGUGAGAUGUCACUGCAAGAGCGACUGUUCUUCACAGAGAUGCUCCUGUCGAUCAAAGAACUUGCGGUGCACUGAUCUUUGUCUCUGUACUAACCAGUGUGAAAAUGAUGAAGAUUCACAAGCUGAUAUUCAUGGUUCAGAUGACAGUGAUAGUGAUAAUGAUGAAUGAGACUAUACUUUCAGGAAAGACUACCUAUACUGUUCCUAUUUCAGACAUUAAAUUGUGUUUUACGAAUGACACAUUUAUAAGCAAAGAUUUACGUCGGUUACAUGUUAAGAUAUCAAUCGUUUGAUGCUCAAUUUUAUAAUUUUUCAUACUGGAUAUACCAUGUAUACAUUGCUUACAUAUUAAACAGGUAAAUUUUGUCAUUUCCAUUGAAUCUUGGUGCCUGAUCAUACAAUGUAAUGCUUCAAAGUGAAGAUUUAUAGGCCAUGAUUAGAUAAAAACUUCAUUUUUGACGCUCUUAUUUAAAAAUCCAAGAUGGCUGCCACAGACCCCUGGGAAAAAAUGGAAAGAAUGUUUUUUGUAUUCUAUGCAUCCUAAGGAUUCCAAAAAUGUAUAGUUUAGCAAAUCCCCCAAAAUUAAAAACGAAAAUACAUAGUGAACUG